AUGGGAAGAAAUAUUAAAUAUAAAGAUAUUUUCAAAGAUGAAUUGACGACUUAUCCAAUGUCACUGGCACCUACAGGCAUAUUAUCUACCACUUCAAACAAGUCUAACUUAGAAAAUAUUAUAAAAAAAUUUACUAGAAGUUGCAAUGAUUUACCAUCGAGAAAUUUUGGUAAAAUUUGCCACGUAUUCGAUGGAAUGACAUUAAUACAGAGAGUUGGCAAACCUACUAACGCCAAAUCGUUUGAAGAAUAUGCAAACAUCUUUAAGAACAAAUACAAUGCCGAAAGAAUUGAUUUUGUCCUGGAACAUUAUGAAGAUUUGUUGAUAAAGAAUUGCACAAGAGAGAAGAGGGGACAUAAAAAUGACGCCAUAGAGAGAGCCAUUGAAAGCUCAGACACAUUAUUACCUCAAUAG